UGGACCAAACUUGCUCUUAUUGUCCUCAUGGAACGCUACAAAGGCCAGUAUGGGCACCAUACAUCUCGUGUCUUCCUCAACCAGCGGAGCUCGACAACACGUUUCGUUGGGAGGACACCGAGCUAAGUUACUUGAGGGCGAGCCCUUUAUACGGCAAGGCUCGUGAGCGGCUGGAAAUGAUAACAACUGAGUUUGGCCAAGUGCAAAACGAUUUUUGUACCUGUGUACUGGAGCAGGCACUUGAUGUUUGGCCUCAACUAUUCGGUAAAGUGUCUCUUGAAGACUUGAAGCAUGUAUACGCCACAGUUUUUUCUCGUUCACUAGCCAUUGGAGAGGACUCGACAUUAGUAAUGCAGAUACCAAUGCUCGAUUUUUUCAACCACAACGCAACCAGCUUUGCGAAGCUCUCAUUUAACGGGCUUCUCAACUACGCAGUUGUUACAGCGGACAGAGACUAUGCUGAAAACGAUCAGAUUUGGAUAAACUAUGGUGAUCUUUCAAACGCAGAGCUUGCACUUGAUUAUGGCUUCACUGUGCCUGAAAAUCCGUAUGACGAGACUGAGCUAUUGACGCAAUUCCCGGAAAUGAACACGAUAAUUAAAGAUCAACUUGGCGGAAACACGCUGGGUCAAAAACCACUUCAAGGUUCUCCUGUGUGCCUGGAAGUAGCACGGCGAAUCGAGACGCAUGAAAAAUCAAUCCUGGAACUAAAUCAACACUCAUGGAGGUCGAGAAGUAGACAGCUUCUAGCUGCCGCGUCCUAGAUGGUGAGCUGACGUGAAGCAUUUCGGCUGGAUGGCACACGCCAGGCAUAACUUUGGGAGACAAGAUCUUUUUCUGGUUUUGUGAAGGCCUUGUUUUUCUCCAGGAAAGCACAGCGUUGCUUGGUGUAAGCCGUGGAAUAUAAAUCGGUAAGCGCGUGCAUGCGUCGGAUGAGGCGGUUGGAAAACGACGGGAGGAGCGACUGCCAUAUAAGAUCGCCGCCCCCGGCUGCCAUGCUGAUCUCUCCUGCUAACGCUGCUUUUUUCCUUCUUACUUUUCUUCAAGUUCUAAACAGCAAGCGAUAGUGUGAUCAGCUUUCCUGAUUGCAGGCUCGAUCCAGAUGAAAGGAUGAAGUUUCUAAGUCGUAUUGGCAGGUUUCUAGAGCUGUUGGUCUAUCGGAUCGUGCAUCAUCUUCGUCCUCAGGGACGCUUCGAAUUUCCAAAUUAAAGCAUUAUUUCCAUAGCUUAUAUAAAA